AUGGUUUUUCUUCUUGAUAUGGACGGAAAAGACUACAUCUUUACUUAUGGAAUUUUUGGUGUCCAACACGAAGAACUUACGCUAAAAAAAGUAAUUUUCAUAUCCACCCUAUACAAGCUACUCUCUUCGUCUGCCAAUCGUGUCGACCAUCUUCAAGACGAAAGUCACGGACUUCCUCGUCAUGGUCCAAAAUCCACUACUUUCAUCGCCUACUGGCUAUCAUCCUCCUCCUACCAAUCAUUCCAAGCCUCCUCCCCAGUUCAAGAAUUCUGGAAUUCUCUCCCCCCAGACGCAGGUGUCUGGCGCGAGGUAAUGACCGUCCCGAAAUCGCGCUUCAUGUUCGCCUCAAGCCAACCCGUCGCCUCAGCAAUGGGUACUCUUCUUCCAUUAAAACAAAGUUCCGACGAAGGAUACUGGGGCGUAUACCGUCAUCGACUAUCUGAGACGUUAGAUGCACAUACCGAUCCCAAAGAUACAUUUACCUCCGCUUAUAUUACCAUCACCAAAGCAAAACCAAACGACGCGAGAAAAACUAUUGAUAUACCUAAAAUUCGCAGCUCCAAGAUAAAAUUAGGUAGAGUAACCAUCUCUAGUCCACCCGAGAAUCUCAUUUUUGUCCGUGAAGGACAACGCCAACCAAAUAUCCCACCCGCGGAAACAGAAGCCUGGCUCAAGCAAAUAAAUCCACAUGCCCAAUCCUGGAUAUCUCAUCUCGAUACUGAACGCAACAAAAAUGGUGUAGUGGCAUUUACAACACACAUAGGCCAUGAGAACCCCACUCCAGAGAUGGUGAAUGAAAAAUUUGAUGCCAAAGGAGAUUUAGAGCUUGAUACCGAAGCUAUCGCAGAGACAAACCAACUUGGAUAUUUCUUGGACCUGUCGCAUUUUGAGCAAGCAGGCCGUUCCCAUAAAGGUCAUGUGGAAUUGAGAAAGACGGUCAUGAGUCUUUAUGGGCCUGGAGGCCAGUUGGAAAAGGGAAAGUCGGUGUUGUUUGUGGAGCUGUGUGUUUUGAAGUCGGGAGAUUUGGACGCUGAAUACAUAGGCUGCGCUGAAGGCACUGGUUUGAUGUAUUUGGCUAAUUUGUAG